AUGGGGACUCCGGCAUCAGAGCUAGCAGUUGAAGAAGUGGAGCACAAAGUGACUCGUGAGCGCGAGCGGUGGUUCAAGGCUCGGCUGGGCGAUCUUGGGCCCUGCCGGCCAGGACUGCUGCUUGCUGGACGUUGGAGCCUAAGGCUUCAAGAAUUCGAUACGACAGUGGUGUACAAGCCCGGACGACAGCACUCCGACGCCGACUGUCUGUCAAGGUCACUGAUUGAGCAGGAAGCCACAGAAGAUGACGAAGACAUGGCUUUUGUAGGAGUUCUACACACGGCCAACAUUCCUGAGCCCUCCGGGGUUCCGUGUAGUGGGGAUCCUCUCGAUCUCGAUUCAGACCUGGGCCGGGAGCUGGACCGAGACUUGGAGUUGGACCGGCCGCCACCGCCUCCACCGGGGAGUCUUGGGAAGGAGCUAGAGCGGCUCCUGUCGCGGCGUCUGCUGCCGUGGCUGUUGGUCCAUGCCGAUCCCUUGUGCGAUUCGAUGCCCAUAAUCGGUGGCGCCAUCGGCGCCCUACUGGCCUACGGAGCGUACGUAUUAGUGACGUCCCGCCAGGAGCUAGUCACAAAGCCGCACAUCAUCUUCAUACUAGCCGAUGACCUGGGUUGGGGCGACGUCAGCUUCCAUGGAUCUCCCCAGAUCCCGACACCCAACCUGGACACGCUGGCCGCUGACGGAGUGGUGCUCAACAACUACUACGUACACCCAACUUGCACAGCGUCGAGGGGUGCGCUCAUGACCGGCCUUUACGCGACGCGAUACGGUCUCCAGCACAUACCAAUUCAAGCGGGUGAACCGUUCGGUCUUGACCUCAAGUACACCCUGCUUCCUCAGCAUCUGAAAAGACUCGGCUACGAGACUCACCUCAUUGGAAAGUGGCACCUGGGCAGUUACCGCUACGAGUACACGCCCACAAGAAGGGGCUUCGACACUUUCUACGGAUUUUACUACGGACACCAAGACUACUACACCCACAUGCUCCAUCAUUCCCAGGAUGGAAGAGAGAUCUCGGGUUUGGACCUCUGGAACGGCACGCAGCCCGCAGAGGACGCCAUGGGAGUGUACAGCACCGAGCUGUUCACCGAGAAAGCAGUACGCCUCAUCGAGAGCUUGGACAAGUCCAAGCCUCAGUUCCUGUAUUUGAGCCACCAGGCGGCCCAUUGCGGAAACUAUGAUGAUCAACUUCAGUCGCCUAAAAAGAAUGUGGACAAGUUUCCUUACAUCGGUGAAAAGAACCGAACUAUCUACGCAGGAAUGGUCGACUCACUUGACGAGGCCGUCGGAAGUGUGAUGCGAGCGCUGGGCGAAGCCGGCAUGCUGCAGGACAGCGUGAUCGUCUUCAGUUCGGACAACGGCGGCGUGCCCUGGGGCUACAUGGCAUCCCGUGGCAUCAACUGGCCGCUACGCGGGGCUAAGUCCACACCGUGGGAGGGUGGAUCCAGAGCGGCCGCUUUCCUGUGGUCGCCGCUGCUCGACAAGAGUCGCCGGGUCUCUCAGCAACUCAUGCACAUCACUGACUGGCUGCCCACGUUCUAUGCGCUCGCCGGAGGCUCGGUGAGUGACCUGGGACCCCUGGAUGGCAAAGACAUGUGGGCAGUGGUGUCUCGAGACGAGCCCUCACCGCGUUCCGACGUCGUCUACAACAUCGACCCUUUGUGGGAGUUUGCAGCGAUACGGAGAGACAACUUCAAGAUUGUCAUUGGCUCAUUUGACGGCGGAAAGUUAGAUCAGCGUUUUCCCAUCCCAGGAGGACAAGGGACAUCGCAGAAACUAGACGUGCUUAUGGAAAGGAGCCUCGCUGCGGAUACACUGCGAGCCCUCUACGGCAAGCAGGAGCUGGGUUUGGCGCUGGACUGGAGGGCCAACACCACGCUGAGUUGCCCGGAAGAACCGUGUGGCGACGAGUCGCGUUUCCAGUCACCUGACAAAGUGUUUCUCUUCGACUUGGACAAGGACCCUUGCGAGUGCAACAACCUGGCCUCCACGCACAAGCAGGUGCUCAAUUCAAUGAACCGGACCUUGGAAGAGUACAGAGCGCAGACUGUUCCUCCUCUCAAGCCUGCUGUGGACCCGGCCUCGUUUCCCGAAAACCACAACGGGACAUGGGCCCCUUGGGUCGAAUGAACGGACCUGAACUGUCUUGAAAAACUAGCCAAGUUGCCCACUCGUGCAGACCUUCACAUUUAUAGCCUUUUUCUUGCACCCGGUCGCGGAAAUGUUCCACGCUAUGCCACAGAACGCCGCUACAGGCAGGCAAGAUAUACUGCAGGGCUUCUGGAAAGAUCGCCCAAAUAUGACUGCUAAGGCAAUAUGGUUUUCGGAAUGCCACGGAGUAGCGGAAACUCAAGCGCCGGAGCAUGUGACUGCUGAGGACAUGGGGGGAGCUCUGUGGGACCUUAGGUGUUCUGCAGAUAGGAACAAAGGUGAAGCCUAUUUCAUAUUUUGCGAUGCAAAACGCUCCG